GAUGAUGAUGAAAUUGAGCUAUAUCAAAUGGAUGAGGAUGCGCCUCAGAUUGCUGGUAUUGUUGAUGAAAGACCUCCAGAAGUGAAAGCUCAAGAAUACUAUAACUCAAAACGUUGGAAAGUGUUUGGGGGUGAAGAUGGAGUCAGUGUAGUGGAUAAUAUGAAUAAGAAUCAAGAAAAUGUUUCCAAUAAGCUUUCUAAAAUGUUUAAAGAAUAUGAUACAACUGAUAAUGCAGGAAGUAGUAGAGAUUUAGCAAUAGAUAAAGUAUAUGACAAAACAGACUUUGGAUCAAGCAGAGAAACUUCAAAACCAAUUACUAACACAUUAAAAGCACAUGAUUCAGAUUCUGAUAAUUCACCUAUUAGAACUCAAAAAAGUGGACGGUUAUUCUCUAAAGCAAAAUUCUGA